AUGGCUUCUGAGAAGGAAGUAACCAAUAAUGGAGUGGAGUGGAGGAUAAAGAUGGCCGAUGGCACAUCACAGAUUUUGGUGCCGGAAGCAAAGCCUGCCAGCAAUGUCUUUCUUGGUCUAAAACUGUUUAUUGUAGGGUUGGCCUUGAAAGUGUGGAAGUUUUUGCAGAAAGCCUGGGAUUUAGGAGUAGAUGAUCCCAGAAAAGUGAUCCAUUGUCUAAAAGUAGGAAUGGCCCUCACUGUUGUCUCAGUUUUUUACUAUAUGAGGCCUUUAUACGAAGGAGUUGGAGGGAAUGCUAUGUGGGCAAUCAUGACAGUUGUGGUUGUAUUUGAAAACACUGUGGGUGCAACACUAUGCAAAAGUUUGAACAGAGUGUGCGGAACUUGUCUUGCUGGAUUUCUUGCAAUUGGUGUUCAUUGGGUUGCUAGUCAAUCGGGAGAAAGAUUUGAACCUGUAAUUAUUGGAACCUCAGUUUUCCUACUAGCUUCUGCAGCGACCUUCUCAAGAUUCAUUCCUUCUGUGAAAAUUCGGUUUGAUUAUGGUGCCAUGAUAUUCAUCCUUACCUUUAGCCUGGUUUCAGUAUCAGGUUAUCGGGUGGAUAAAUUGUUUGAUUUGGCACAUCAAAGAUUAUCCACCAUUAUUAUUGGCACCUCACUCUGCAUUGUUGUAACCAUGCUUGUUUGCCCCAUUUGGGCUGGUCAAGAGCUCUAUGCUUUGAUAACUCGCAACAUGGAAAAGCUUGCAGAUUCCUUAGAUGGUUGUGUAGCAGAAUACUUCCAAGAUGGUGACAGCAGCCUUGUUGAUAGUGGCAAAGAAUGUCAGAAGAAACUGCAAGGCUACAAAUGUGCACUGAAUUCUAAGGCAACAGAAGAAACUAUGGCAAAUUUUGCUAGAUGGGAGCCAGCCCAUGGCCGCUUCAACUUUCAGCACCCAUGGAAACAGUACAUCAAAAUUGGGGCAUCCAUGCGCAGCUGUGCUUAUUGCAUAGAAGCUCUCAAUGGCUGCAUCAGUUCAGAAAAUCAGGCACCUGAGUAUAUAAAGAAGCAUAUCAGCAACAGUUCUUCGAAAGUAGGCUCCAACUCUUCAAGUGUCAUAAAAGAGCUAGCAGUGACAAUCAAGACCAUGAAGAAAUCAUCUAACAUCCACUACUUGGUUGGAGAAAUGAACAGUGCAGUUCAAGAGCUCCAAGCUGACUUAAAGUCCUUUCCCAAGUUAUUCACUUCCCCAUCAAACUCAGAGUCUGAAAUUCCUGAAAACAAGAAAAUAGAGCCUGCAGCAUCCAGAACAAUGGUUACACUUCCUCCUCUCAUGGAAAUUAUUCCACUAGUAACUUCAGCCUCUUUACUUACUGAAAUUUCCUUAAGGAUCAAUGGCAUUGUGGAUGCUGUUGAAGAGCUGGCAGACUCGGCUAAUUUUGUGCCUGCAAGCAUUAAUGACAAGUGCCAAAAAAAUGGAGCUGAGUGA